AUGUCCUCGGCUUCGACGACCAAGAAAUCUAGCAAGAGGGAUGAGUAUACUUCCCAUGCUUGCACUGAAUGCCAGCGACGCAAGGUCAAGUGUUCUGGACAAUCGCCAUGCCACAACUGUCUUGGCAGAGGUGCCGAAUGUAGCUAUCAAGAUCCGUCGAAUGGAUCAAGUAAAAGGAAGCGAAAACAAGCUUCGUCAAAUACAAAUAAAAGACGCGCCGUUCCGCCCUCAAGUCUCUCCACCUCUGCGUCAGAAGAGACUGCACUGCUCAAGGAGCAGCUUCAACGCUUGCAACAAGGACUGGGUACCUUGAUGAUGCAGCAAUCACUCAGCUUCGACUUUCUUAGUUCGCACAACACUGCGCCACUGCCGAACCAGACGAGUAUCUCGGCACCCUCAUCAGAUGAACAGCCCCUCACAUUCGGUCAAUCCAUCGAAGCAUUUGAAUCACAGAGUACAACACACAAUGUUCAAGAAGGAUCACCGAGCUCUAUUCAAGAUGACCGUCAACCUGCUGAGCUCACCUACGCCGAGACCGAUACCUUUGUCCCCGGGAGUAAAUGGCUAAACCGAUUCGCUGUUGCUUCACAAAUUCGUGAUCUACGCUCCAGCGUCGGAGCAGAUCCUGUUCUGCCAAACACGACUCCCUCAAAGAGCUGCACCGUCGUCCUUCCCUGCCCCAAGGACCUGACACGGGCAAUAAAAAUAGGCCUAGCCGGGAUCGACUGUUUCUUCCCUUCCAUCCAUGGGACGAGUCUUGUAGAAGCGAUUUCAGAGACCCUGAAAGCACUGUGCUACUCUUCUUCUACCCAGUCAGUUAUCGUGACUGAGCCGCAUCACUUGGUCAUAUCGAUUCUUCUCGUCAUCAUUGCAGCCGGACAGAACCUGGACGAUAAAGCUUGCCCCGAUAUGUAUCUGGACAGGGCGUGGCCUGGCUCGGAAGCUUAUUGGCAGAGUAGGAAACUCGUACAGCACUUUGAAGGGGGAAGUGAGCUGCAAACAAGCUGUGUCAUCUAUCACACCUUCUCCGCGGCGUAUCUCUUGGCAGCAGAGAGGUUACGUCUUGCCUCGACCCACGUACUCAACGGGCUUCAUUCCGCUGUCAGUUUGGGGUUAGGUCAAAGUCACGGAUUUCCUAUAUCCUCAGAGGAUUUUGUAGAUCCCCUAGCAUUAUGGAUUACUCUCGACUUCCUCGACAAACGUAUCACUCAGAAAUGUGGCAUUCCAUACUUUGUUGGAAAUAGUCUUGGACAUGUGGACUUUGAACACGAAACCAGCGCUCACAUCGACCCCAAGAGCAAGGCAUAUCUGAAGACCAUGUUCAGCCAUGCCAGACUCUGGGCAUCGGUAUGGGAUGGAUUUCUAGCUCCGAACGCCCCGAUGGCGAGCGAUUGGGUUGAAAUCCAAGCAUUUGAUGCCAAGCUCCUAGCUCUUAGGGAGCAAUACCCUGACAUUUUAUCAUGGAGCGGAGAGUCAGUGGACAGCACCGUUUUUGAAUCCCCUUCCGAACCAGAGGAUCGACGGCGUCUUCUUGUUUUUCUGAGACAAAUGCUCGAAGGGUAG